CGCGAUUGCAGUUGUGAAGGUGAAGGCGUCAGUGUGGACUAGGGCUGCGAAAUUUAUUGCCAGAGGCGAAACUCUGAAAGCCUUUGCCGUUCUCUGUUAUGUGAGACGGCAGUGAAUUGUUUGCUGUCUUGGCAUUACAGUGUGAUCGCGAGUCCGAAGAGGAGGCCGCCUGGUCGAGAUGCCGAAUAGGUACUACUGCGACUACUGUGACACCUACCUCACGCACGACUCGCCGUCGGUGCGCAAGACCCACUGCAAUGGCCGCAAGCACAAGGAGAACGUCAAGUUCUACUACCAGAAAUGGAUGGAGGAACAGGCACAGAACCUCAUUGAUGCCACAACGGCGGCAUUCAAGGCAGGAAAGAUCCAGUCCUCCCAGUACCAGGCCAAGCCUCUAACCGGUGCCAUGAUUCCUCCACCAGCAGCGCUGCAACCGGGUCCUCCACAGCGGAUGCCGCUAGUCGGGCCACCCCACAUGGGACCCAUGCCAGGCCCCAUGCCAGGACCUAUGCCAGGCCCCAUGCCCAUGAUGGGACCACCUGGACCGAUGCCCCCCAACAUGAUGAUGCCAGGCAUGAGGCCACCAAUGGGACCGAUGGGGCCAAUGAUGGGACCUAUGGGGCCAGGGCCCGGCCCCAUGCGACCACCACUAGUCGCAGGGGUGCCAAAGAAGUGAUUUUCUGUCAUCACAGGUGUGCUGCAUCACGCCAAUCCAUCUGUACAUACCAGGGACUCUUGUCACUUCAUCAGCGAUCACACAGCACCACUCGUGUGCCAAGGGUGGCAUUGUUUGACAAUAAAGGGGUUCUUUUUUGUUGUUUACA